AUGUCUGCCUCCGCCGUGUUUGUGCUGGACCUGAAGGGGAAGGUAAGAUUAAUCCAGCCGAUAAUUGAGCUCUUCAAGAACCGUAUACUUCAUUAUCUCGAAGUGGUCGUAGCCUAUAAGCGACAUAAGUUAUAUAAAAUUUAAAGUGACUCCUCGUUUUUUUUAACCUGCUCAAUCAUUAAUAGACUUUGAGAGGUUAAAAAUUAAUGAGAAGCUUGCGACACUCAUUCAUUUGGAAUUUCUCCCUCACUUCCGGAUACAUGUCUGUCCGUGGAAACAUGAACUACAGCCGUGAAUAACUACUUUAGUAAAAGUGACCAAUAGUGCUGCAGCACCUUUGGGAUUCUACUCGAGUGAAGCAUCUGUUCAUGGCAGUGCAUCACCACUCUUAAGACACCCUCGGACCUUCACUUACUGUUGCUACAGUAUGGCACCGAUAUUCAGAACCUGUAACCUGAUACACAAGGUAGUUACUAAGAAACAGGAAGUACACAUGGUUUCACCUGUUUUAUAUAAUAAAGGGUGUGCGAACAGAAAUAUAGGGGAGAGUGGGGUAAGAUGAGACAUUUUUCAUAUUUAGGAUCACUACAUCAACACAAUCAUAGUUUUGUCUCUAACUCGUGUAUCUGCAUAUAUUUCAAGAUGUUGUGCAUCCCUGCAAACCAACAGAAUGAGCAUAAACAUAACUGUCAUGAUAAUAUAGCAUGACAAAAAGGAGGUCUCCUAUGGUCAACUUACCCCGUGUUAGGGUGAAAAAUGUUUUUUUUUAAAUAAAUGUCAAACCCCUUCACCCAUGUUCUUCUAACCUUCACAGACUCCAUGAAUUGAUGCCCAUCUCCUAAAUAUUUGGUCACAUGAUCAAUUUCUUUUACCAUUUCCAAGCUACAGGGGAUGGCUCAACUUACUCCACUCUUCCCCAUUUGUGACAUUUCAUUAGAUGUGAACCUCAAAAAGAUGCAGUUCAACUCACCUGCAGUUUGUUGUCAUCUUAGGUUAUUGCAUCUUGGGCACGUUCUACCUGUUUUUUAUUUUAUUUACUUCAUUAUAACAGCUUAAGACUUCUAGAAGUGUAAGGGACCCCUAAUGUUCUAAUAGAAGGGUCUGAAAACUUCAGAGACAGACCUGUUUCAGUCUACUGUGCUAAAUCACAAAUACAUCGCCAUCUGAGGGUCUCUAUCUUAAUAUAUUGGGGUGAAGUAGUGGAGUAACAGUGAUGGAAGUAAAAGUGAGAUUAAUACACUUUACUACACUGUAAAAAUUAUACUUUAUAAUAUAUUCAUGUCCUGUAGAAGCGUAAUUACUUUAAUAAACAGGGGGAAAUGUUCACAGUGUGUUUUGUGAUUGAUGUAGUCCGUGUAGUUUAACAUUUUAUGUGUUUUAUGUGCUUUUCAUGUGAUUUUGAAUUUCCACCACUGACAGCAAAAUUAGUUCAAUUUCUAACCUACUGAUCAGGUUAUCAAUGAAGUAACUGGUUGAAUAAUUGUAUUUUAAAAAAGGGAAAAGGUCAUAGUUUUAAUACAAAUCGAUUGUUCCUCUUUUUACUUCCUUAUAAUAGCCUUAGCUUGAGACAGGAAAAUCUUUACACAGAAAAACAUAUGACUGAGUUUUUUUCCUAAGAACUACCAAAGUGUCAAAACAGAACUGGGAAAAACAGAACAGAUAAUAACUCUGCAAAAAAGAACCAAUGUAAUACCUGGAACUCUUGAAUCUGCUCACAAAAAGAGAAGAUUUUAUUAAUUUUGUGUACCAUAUUUGAGCCACAAUAAUGGGAGAUAUAUAAAAAUUAGAUAUUAGCUGCAGUAGUAAACACCAUAAUAUGUAUAACAUGCAGUCAUCUAACAUCUACACGGCCUUCUGUUAUUUCAGGUGCUGAUUUGUCGGAACUACAAAGGCGAUGUGGACAUGGCUGAGAUUGACCACUUCAUGCCUCUCAUGAUGACACAUGAAGAAGAAGGCCUCCUGUGCCCUGUGCUGUCACAUGGCAGUGUUCACUUCAUGUGGAUCAAACACAGCAAUCUCUACUGUAUCCUCAUUCUACAUGCUUCUUGUGUUUGCCAAUCACUCAAGGUUAUGAAUAAAUGUGCUCUUCAAUUCAGCACUCCACAGAUUAAUGGAUGACAACAUUUGACUGUACUUAUAAUGUUAAAUACUCCUUGACCAAGCCCUGCACAGUGGUGGCCACUACAAACAAAAACUCCAACGCCUCUCUCGUGUAUUCAUUUCUUUACAAACUGGUCGAGGUGGGUCACAUACACAGCAAACUUAUGAUUUAAAUGUUUGUUUUAAAGAAUUGUUGUACAGUUUCCAUGGAAUUAGAUUCAUUUUUAUGAAGAGAAAGCCCUUAAAAAUCUGUCUUUUACCUUCCAGGUGUUCACAGAGUACUUCAAAGAGCUGGAGGAGGAGAGCAUUCAGGACAACUUUGUGGUUGUCUAUGAGCUGCUGGAUGAACUGAUGGACUUUGGUUUCCCUCAAACUACAGACAGCAAAAUCCUACAGGAGUAAGAGUCCCCAGCAUACUGCACACACAUGUUGACAUAGAUGAAAUUAACUGAAAAAGAGUGUGGAGUUGAAUCACAGCAGGCUAUUUUUUCAUGUUUUAUCACCUCCAGAUAUAUUACUCAGGAAGGGGCCAAGCUUGAGGUAGCAAAGUCAAAGGUGCCAACCACCGUCACCAACGCCGUCUCCUGGAGGUCAGAGGGGAUCAAAUACAAGAAGAAUGAGGUUUUUAUAGACGUCAUUGAGUCCAUCAAUGUUCUGGUGAGAAAAGAUGAUCAGCUUGACCGAUUGAAAAAACUCUUAAAGUUGACAUUUUGCUUUUCACACAUUCAUGUUUUCAGCAUCAAUCAGAAGCGGUCACUUUGUGUUUUAUGCAACAGUUAAAAAGGACACUAAAACAAAUUUAGGCACUCUAUGUUAUUUUUUUAUAUAUAUUGACAUUUUUUUUUUACUGUGAAAUUUAACCAAAUUAAACAAUCAUGUUUUUAUCCUUACACUAAAAAAAUAAAUACUAAUUCCUUGCUGUGUGUUAUUUGUUCAGGUGAAUGCUAAUGGCAGUGUGAUGAGCAGUGACAUUGUGGGCAGCAUCAAGCUAAAAACCAUGCUCUCUGGGAUGCCUGAGCUGAGACUGGGCCUUAAUGACCGAGUGCUUUUUGCUCUCACUGGACGUACGUUCACUUCUUCCUCUGUCUUUAACCAACCAUCUACUGCUCUGGUUAUCUACAUGUAGCUUAUCUUUCUGCUUUGUCUGUAUUUGAAUUCAUGCCAGUUUUGCUGUUUUAUGUUCAGGUGACAAAGGAAAGACAGUGGUGAUGGAGGAUGUGAAGUUCCACCAGUGUGUCCGUCUCUCUCGCUUUGAGAGCGAUCGAACGAUCUCCUUCAUUCCUCCCGACGGAGAAUCUGAACUUAUGUCCUAUCGCAUCAAUACCCAUGUUAGUAUCAAAUAGUUUCUUGCAUUACACCAUGUUUCGUAUGUUUUAACGCCAUAUUUGAGGCAUUCAUUAUGCCUUUUGAAACUCUUAUUUCAUUCAGUAGAGACGAGCAUUUCUGUAAGGUCAAGGAUCAGAGACUAAUGUUGUCACUAGCCGUCAGUAAAUCUAUUUCAAUGCCCUGUUCACGAACACAUCUUGUUGUUGUUGUAAGACUUUCUAUGUAAUGCAACUUUAAUACUUUUACCCUCAAGCAUUUAUCAAAUACCCGUAGUUACCGGCUAUUUUUUCCAAUGAAAAAAACAUAACCCCUACUGCCAGUAUCACCAUAUUUAGUCAGUGUUAAUACAAAUGGUCACAGGAAAUUCACAGGCAUUGACCACUGUGAGAAGGCUGCUAGAAUAACUCAAAUUUAAGAUUCUUGACUUUAACAGUUUUCAAAUAAUGUCAAUGACUGAAACCAAGGUAGUGUCAUUAAAUGAAUAACACUUUUUUAAAAGUUAGACCAUUCAAUCAUUGUUCAUAUGGCCAUUCAAUAUGGGCAGAAAUAAUGAAUCAUGAAAGAAAAUUCUUUAUUUAAUUUUUAACAACCUGCCCAACCAUACAAAACCUGGCAAUUUUUCCCUUUAAAACUAAGAUGAGUCCUGAAUACCACGCAGAUGUAACUACAAAAAGGAUGUAUGUGACACAUAAACUGUAAAACUCUUUGCUUACAGAAACCCUCUCUUUUCCUUCCUACAGGUAAAGCCUCUGAUAUGGAUUGAAUCAGUCAUAGAGAAAUUCUCUCACAGUAGGGUGGAAAUCAUGGUUAAGGUAAUGAUACACUUAUUCUUGUAUUAAAUCCACAAAGUAACACGUAUUUAAUGAUUUUAGGUGUUACUGGAGGUAUGCUCGACAGCCUGACAAGAAAAGUGUAAAAAAAAAAAAGAGUACAAAAGCCAUCAGGCUCAUAAAUCAAACUCAAUGACAACACAAACUGCAUUACAUACAGUCUGGAGUUCUUCCUGUGCAGGGGACAUAACAAGAUACUCUGUCUUAUUUUUAUAUUUUUAGGCAAAAGGACAAUUUAAGAAGCAGUCUGUGGCAAAUAAUGUGGAGGUGAGGGUGCCUGUCCCGAGUGAUGCCGAUUCACCAAAGUUCAAAACCAGCACAGGCCACGCCAAAUAUGUGCCCGAGAAGAACCUGGUGGUGUGGACCAUCAAGUCUUUCCCUGUAAGAGAUACGCAACUGAACUGAUGUUCAUAGUACAAUGUGCAUUUAACUCUGUUAUCUCUAACCUCUAUUUGUCUGUCUGUCUCAUUCAGGGGGGUAAAGAGUUUCUAAUGAGAGCACAUUUUGGUCUGCCCAGCGUGGAGAAUGAUGAGCUGGAGGGCAAACCUCCCAUUACUGUUAAAUUUGAGAUCCCAUACUUCACAGUCUCAGGAAUACAGGUGUGUUUAAGUGAAAACAACUCUGUUUACGCUGAGUCAUUAAAUGUCAGACAACACUGAAAAGGGCCUGUAAUGUAAUCUGAGCCAACCUUAGAGCAAAACGCACUUAUCAUCGAUCCAAAGUGUAUGAGAGCAAAUAAAAUCUUGUUUGUAUUGAUGCCGUUAAAAAGUUUAACCAUCAUCCGUCUGUUUUGCAUAGGGUGUGUUCAGUUAACAGCCUCUGGAUAAUCGAGUUUGGUCCUGUAAUAGCUGAUAUUAUGUGCAAUUAUGUGCUCAAACUAGACUUUGAUUUGAUUAAUGACUUUUUUGUGCCUCUCUGUCUCCUUCUCUCUUUUUCACCAGGUGCGAUAUAUGAAAAUUAUUGAAAAAAGCGGUUAUCAGGCUUUACCGUGGGUACGGUACAUUACCCAGAGUGGAGGUAGGUAUAUUUUUUACAUUGUGUGAAAUUGUGUUUUGUAUAGAAUGUACUAUUCAAAAUAUACAACACUGCAAAAUACCUGCAAUUUCCCCCCUCAGAUUCCUCUUUGAAAUACUUUUGUGUGUUUUUUUUUCAUCACUGUAGACUACCAGCUGAGGACAAAUGUGUGAUGCCUGAGGAUUUGCUGUAUAGUCUUCACUUGUAGGACCUCCAGAGGAGUAUCAGCGAUCAUUUUACUCCACUGAAGGACUGUCUUAAAAUUUCAUCUGGUCUAUGUAAAGUCACUGAUAUUGUUUAAAAAAAAAUCUGUGUGCAACUGAAUUUUAUUGAUUGUAUUGGGAGAGAACUGCUAAUAAUGUACAUGUUGAAUCAAAUUAUUGCCUUAAAAUAAUAUGUCACUUGUAACCUUUAUAUUUGUGCCCUGCUCGUUUCUUCUUCUCUUGUUUUUCUCUUGUUUUUUAACACCAUAUAUGUGCAUCAUUUGUCUUCGAUGCGUUGUGUAGUCACAGUCAGUAAAUUCCGCCCAAAAUUAAAAGCUCCAGACCGGACUAACCCGCCCUUUUUUCCUCACUCGUAUGUGGAGAAAUACAUCGCAAAGGUCAGAAAUGUGAAUGAGUUCCCUUUGAAGGCUUCAACGUAUACGAAUCGCCCGCUUUCCUCGCUGAGCGAUCUGAUUGGUCGACUCGUGCUGUUACCACAGUGAUGGCGUAGUAACCGAGUUGUAACUCCGCCUCUUUUACCCUAUCAGGACGAGAAACACCCUCCAGGCGAGUUGUGAUUGGUCAGCGUGUGUUCCCCUCAAUGUUUGUAAAUUGUAGACUGCAGACACUGCUGUGUAGAUCUCAGCGCGCAAAUGUAUUUCCUAAUGUUUAUCAACAUUUACUGUUCAGAUUAUAUUUAAAAUUCAACCGGUCGAUUGAAGCAGCGGAACGGAUCAUUUCGGCGGCGUUGAGGAUCCAACAGAAAACCGAGUAAGGUCUAAUUAACAGCUCUGUGGUUUGUUUUUGACGAUAGCGGUUAGCCUCGGGGCUAAUUGUUUGUGAGAUAAAGUCGGCUUAAGUUAUGUGUCUGUUAGAAGAACAUAUGUUUCACAAAGUGUGUCAGUUUACACGGACAAAACCACCUAUUGUUGAAUUCAGCUAGCAGUACGAUAACAUGGCGUCAUGUGGGAGCUGAAGCUUACGUUAGGCGGAUACAGACGCAGCUAGCUGUAUCUGUUCGAUCUGAGCCUCUUGUAAACACCUCUCGUGGUUUAUUACCCUGUUAUUGACGUUUGGAGAGCCCGUGGUUUAAACUGUUGCUCUACAUGUCCUACCGACCAGGCAGAGAGUGUCUAUGAUGGUCCUUAGUCAGAUGGAUGCCGGUAGAGCUUUGACGGCGGCGGCAGCCAAAGGAGACAGCAGUGAGGUGCAGAGGAUCCUGGAGGACUGCAGAGUUCACCCUGAUACUCUCAAUGAGUUUGGCAGGACUGCACUACAGGUGAGGACCAAUGUCCACAAAUAAUACUGAUGGACAACCAGAUAGAAACUCCACACACUGCAAGAAAGGAAUUUCAAGAAAGGAAAACAGCCUUGUAUUUUGUGAACAAAAAGAAUAUUAAUCAUGUCAAGCAUGUUUGAUAUUAGAAAAAUGAUCUAAUUUUAAGAGAAAAUAGCUAACUUUUUCUUCAUAAGAUAUUCCAGCUAAUUUUGAGAUAGAAUAAACCAUAAAUAGAGUAAAACAUGUUUAACAAUAAAAUCCAGUGGAGCAGCAAGAUCAUCUGUGUCAAUUUCAGAGUGAGACAUAUGUACAACCUCUGGAUUUAAGAAUGACAUGAAACAAGAACAGUUGUUUUUUUUUUUACAUGAAAUUUCCAUUGCAGGUCAUCUGAACCUGACAGAAUCUGCUGCCUCAUACAUUAUCUGACAUGUAAAGAUGUCAGUAGGCUGGUCUGUACAACACACAACAUAAUACAAUGACCAGAUAAACACAGCAAAACAACAAAGAACAACAAAGAACAUACUUGCUUUCCACAUGCUUGCUUGUAGAAUGAAAAAUAUAUAUUUAAUGAGAAUGUUUUGGUAUCUUGAUUUAAGACAACAUCACGUAUAUUUGCUUAGCUGUUUUAAGAAAUUAUGUCUUAUUUGAACUACUGUCAUGCUCAUUAAUAAUCCUAGAUUAAGGUGUAUUUUCUUGAAGUUCAUGAAUUAAAGAGACUAAAUUCUAAUUUGAAGUAACAUCAUCUUCAUUUUUCACUGCUUGCUGUUGAAAAAAUUAGAUUAAUUAAUUAUUUAUGCCUGAUACAAGAUUAUUUGAUCAAAUAUAAAAUUAUUUUGCUUCUUUCUAGUAGGGCUGUUUUUGAAGUGCAUAGCCUACAUCUGUAAGGUAUUAGGGGAGAGUGGGGUAAGUUGAGCCACCCCCUGUUGCUUGGAAAUGGUAAAAGAAAUUGAUCAUGUGACCAAAUAUUUAGGAGAUGGACAUCAAUUUAUGGAGUCUGUGAAGGUUAGAAGCACAUGGGUGAAGAGGUUAGACGUUUAUUUACAAAAAAAGCAUUUUUUGUUUUUCACUAAAAGUGAAUUUAGUCUGUCAUAAGUUUUAUUAGAAUUGUGUUCAGACCAAAAAAGAUCAUUUUAAAUUUGUUUUAUACAUCAAUUGUGGUAUCUAUGAGCUACAAGAUGAGGUCAAAUCUAGAAUAAAAGUCCACCAUUUUUGCUUGGAGGACUAAUAAAGUCAUCAUAGUAGUUCACAGGGCAACAGAGCAAAGACAAAGUACUUGCAUGUCCACUCAGGUCCUCUGUAGUAUUGAGUAUGCUCUCAAAUCGUAAAAUAAAAUGUGGAUUAUAUCAUAAUUCAGCUUGUUUUACCCAAUGUGCUCAGGGUCAUAAUUACUUUGUGUUCAAACUUUUCUGGGCAGGUUUGACCCUGAGGGAUAUUUCUAAUGUUUUGCCAACACCAUUUAAAUAACUGAAGGUAGAAUACGUUGUAAAACUGCAAACAAAGGAGGAUAAUUAAUCAUACUGAAUACUCAAAAUGUCACCCUGAAUCACACUUCAGCCUUCAUAGAGGUAGGACUAAAUAAAGAUAAGAAUCAAGGGUCAGCACAUUUGAUUCAAACACAGCUCCAAUGAACUGCUCUCUUUCCCUCUCCUUUCAUAUUUCGCAGGUAAUGAUGAUGGGGAACUCCAAGAUUGCCGGUCUGCUGUUGGAAAAAGGAGCAGACCCGAACGUUCAGGACAAACACGGGAUAGCGCCCGUCCACGACGCAGCACGCACAGGAUUCCUGGACACACUGCAGGUUUUGGUGGAGUACGGCGCCUCAGUAAACGUCUCAGACCAGAGCGGUGCCCUGCCUAUCCACAUUGCCAUCCGCGAGGGUCACCGUGAUGUUGUGGAGUUCUUGGCACCGCGUUCUGACCUGAAGCACGCCAACACAAGCGGUCAGACAGCCAUAGACGUGGCUCGAGCUUCCUGUGUGCCCGAUAUGAUUGACUUGCUUUUCGCUCACAUUCAUAGUUAG